UGAAGUGAACACCCCUAGUACAGAGUAGGAGGAUAAAUACAGAGUGCAUGACAUUUUUGUGAGGGUACAGUAGUUGAGCGGUGUUGGAGGAGGACAAACAAAUGAGUUGAGCUCCCCCAGCAUGUCCUGGUUAAUAUUUAGCCCGGCAGCAAGCAGCCUUUGGCCCCGCGGUCUGCUCCGGCUCAACGGCCUCAACCUGGUCCCCCUUUCCAGGAAGUACUCUACUAAAAUGUCGUCUGACUCUCAUUGGCUCUUACCUGCUGACCGUGACCAACAUGUGAUGGAGCUGAGGGCUACGGGAUGGAUGGAGGUGGAGGACCGCGACGCCAUCUUCAAGGAGCUUCACUUUAAAACUUUCAACCAGGCAUUCGGCUUCAUGUCGCGUGUCGCACUGCAAGCGGAGAAGAUGAACCAUCACCCUGAGUGGUUCAACUCUUACAACAAGGUGCACAUCACGUUGACCACGCACGACUGCGGUGGGCUUUCCAAGCGAGACAUCAAGAUGGCCAAGUUUAUUGACAAAAUUGCUCUUUCCAUGUGAUGUUUGUUAUUAUUAUUAUUAUUAUUAUUGUAUUUAUUCGUUUGUCCGCAUAUUGUUUGCCACUAACAAUGGCUUAGCGCUGUUUUAUAGAUAAUAAAAAUCUUUGACUCAAAGGUGUGCCUGUUGAUGGAUCCCCAG